UCUUUUUCUUUUUUUCGUUUCCCCUUCUUCUCAACCUCUGUCUGUCGCUCGCCAUGGCGCGCCGCUUCAACAAAGAGGCCUCGGUCCAUUUGCGCAUUGGCGAGGGCAAGAAUCUCGGCGAGCGCUUUGGAUCGCCGAAGGUGGAUCCGUACUGCAUCAUCAAGGUCAACCAUGAGGAAGUGGUGCGGACUGCGACGGCGUGGAAGACGCAGUUCCCGUUCUGGGGCGAAGAGUACGACGUGAGCCUGCCGCUGGACUGGAAGGAGCUCUCCAUCUACUGCCUCGACCAGACGACCUUCGACAGCAAGGGCACGGUUGUGCUAGGAAAAAUCACACUCAACCGCAAAAAUCUGCUCAGCGUGCGCGGACACACGAUCGAACAGUGGUACCCGCUGAGCCCGGCAGACCGCGUCGACGACGUGCGCGGAGAGCUCUACCUGGAUUUGCGGCUGCACCAUCGCGGGUUUGUCUCGGACCGCACCAAGGGCAAGAGCCGGGAGUCGCCGUACGAGGUCGUCGUCACGGUGGUGGAGGCGCGCGGUUUGCCGUCGCGCGAUGACGACAAGCGCGCCGCAUCGGGCAACCACGCGGCAUCCAGUGUUGCAAACGGACGCGUGCUCGCCAACCCGUGCGUGCGCAUGUGCGUGCAGGUCGAGGGCGAAACGAGCCUGGUCGAGCAGACGAGCACCGUCUGCCUCAACACGUUGUGCCCGAACUGGAACUCGUCUUACUUUACCUUUGAGCUGGCCGAAAACGAUUUUGGCUCGUGGGACGACUCGGCCACGCUGUUUGUCACCAUGGUCGACGUCAUGGACGACGGCCAGGAGCGCUUCCUCGGCGAGGUGACGAUUCCGCUGAUCGAGCUGGAUCUCGAUCGCUCUGUUGGUGCGUGGUACUCGCUGUUCCCGCGACAGGACGCUGUGUCGAUGGCCGUGACCGCCGCAGCCACGGCCUCGGCUCUGGAUGGCGCAGGUGUCGGCCUUGCCAUCAGCCCGACGUCGGCGCCGCGUCCCUUCACAUUCUCGACCACGGCCGAGCCUUCGACCCGCGCGUCCAUUUCCUUGUCGGGUGACUAUCGCACGUCCAUCAUCCAGCGCACCGAAUCCUCCGGACAGACCUCACAGUCCUCUGUUGCGAAAAUGGGCGCCAUCCGUCUCAAGAUCAAGUACGAGGAAGACGACGUGCUCCCCAUCUCGCAUUACGACCCCUUGCUCAAGCUGCUGUUGGGUAGUCUGAACGGUCCCGAAGCCCUGACCACUGGCGCGAUUGCUCUGCUGGAGGACGUCAUGAGCGAUCGUGAGGAUGUGGCGCGCGCCCUCAUCAAAAUCUUCCUCGACCAGGAGCUGGUGACGCCAUUGCUCAAUGCGCUGGCCAGUCGCGAAAUCAAGAGCAUUGUGCAGCCAACCACCCUCUUCCGCGGCAGCUCGCUCGCCAGCAAGUCGGUGGAGCAGUUUUUGAAAAUGACGGCCAUGCAGUACCUCAACACCACCCUCAAGGGUGUGGUCGACUCGAUCUUUGCCGAGAAGCUCUCGUGCGAGAUUGACCCCAAUAAGCUGCCAAAGGGCCAAGAUGCUAGCACGAACGCGUCGCAGAUUGAGCGCAACUCGGCCAACCUCCGACUGUACAGCAGCCGUCUGCUCGACGCCAUUUCCUCUUCUGUUGACGCCUGUCCGCUGGCUGUGCGCCAAGUGUUCAAGUACCUCCAAGAGCGCGUCCUGGAGCGAUUCUCGGACGACAAGGCCUAUCUGCACCUGCGCUAUGUCGUCGUUUCGGGCUUUCUCUUCCUCCGCUUCUUCUCGCCCGCCCUGCUCGCUCCCAAGACCUAUGGCUUGAGUGACGAGCACCCGGACGCCGCGACUGCCCGCACACUGACCUUGGUGGCCAAAAUUCUGCAAAACUUGGGCAAUCUCGGGCAACGCGCAGGCAACAAGGAGCAGUACAUGAGCGCGGUCGACACGUUCAUUGUCGAAAACGUCGCUCGCGUGCGCUCGUUCAUCGACCAUCUGACUGCUGUCAGUGGUGCCAUUGAGUUUACCAACCAAGCCGCCAACCACCGGCUGCGCAACGAAAGCUCCAAAGAAGGCGAGCUCUUCAAGCUUGUCCGCAAAAAUGGCGUCGAGGUCGGAGCCAAGCCCACCUUUGUGCGACGCUCCUUCCAGAUUGACGACCGAGCCGUCUCUUACUUUGACGACGGCGAGAUUGCCGGACGCAUUCGCGCGGAAGAUGUCGUGGCCAUCGAAAAGGUCGACCAGGCGGCGUUCAACCGGCCCCACAUGAUUCAGAUGAUCUCUAGCAACCGACGCCACGCCGACCAGAUCUUGUACGUGGCCGCGAGCGAUGUCAAUGAGCAAAACGAGUGGCUGUCCGCCUUCCGAAACUUUGCUGGCCGCAAUCCCAACGCUCGCCAGCACUACCACCCUGGUGGCUACCGCGGCAACCGCUGGACGUGCUGCAAGCUCACGGAUUCAGCUGCCGAAGGCUGUAACAUGACGCACCCAAUCGCUGCGUCCAUGGAUUUGCGCACCUCCUCCGUCUCGCGCGAGCUCCAUCGCCUGUACCGCCAGUUUGCGCUCGGUCUGCCCAAGCUUGUGAGCUCUUACUUGAACAACUCCAAGCUCGUGACUGCGGUCGUCACUGCUGCAUCCAUGAAUGGCGGCACUCUCACGGCCGCCGCCGCCGCCGCCGCAGCCAUCGAGGCCGCCCAAGAUCGCGUCUCCCAGCGCAAAGCCUACACUGUCCGUCAGCUUGAAGUAGUUGUGGACGAUAUUGCUCAGUACACUGGUGUCGUAUGAGCGCGCGAGAAGUCGCCACGCAACGCCUCGAGGUAGUUUGUUUGUUUAGCUAUUUUUUUUUUCGUUUGUGUGUGUGUGUGUGUGUGAAGCCACAGGGCACAAGGUCCUUGUGUUGUUACAGUUGUUGGUGUGUAUGAAGUGUGUAUCGCGAGCAGAUAGGCACACUGGUGUGUCGCUGUUCAUUGUGUUUCGGUUUGCCAUUAAAAAGGUUGGAA